AUCACGUGGGAGGCAUCGCUGCCUGCCGGUCCCGUCUCCAGAGCCAAUGGCUGCCGCGCCGUCGGCGAGGGGCGCAGGAGCGACCGGCGGAGUAUGAGAGGCGCCGACCGGCUCUGGCGGUGUGGAGUUCUUACGCCAGGUGCCGAGGAGGCUCCGCGCUUUCUUCCCCCCUCUCUCUCUUCUUGCGCGGGAAAAAGGGGGGAGUUCCCCUCGGAGCGCAGCGGCGCGGGACAUCAUCGCCGCUCAGAGCAAGAAAACCAGGUCUGAGCAAAUCAGAAAACGAUGGCUUCUGAUGCUAGCCAUAUGCUUGAAGCCGCUCUGGAACAAAUGGAUGAUAUCAUUGCAGGUACCAAGGUAGCUGCAGAGUACACAAAUGGUGUCUAUGAUAUUGUGUCACCUGCUCAGUCUGUGUACUUUGGCUCACUCCAAAUUCUGCACCUGUUAGAAGACUUGAAGAUGGCGCUAGAGAUGCUCAAGGAUCCUCAAGAGAGAGAAGCUUUGAGGAACCAGAUUCCAGGGACUACUUUAACAUGUAUACGUGCCUGGCUAGAGGAAAAUCUGUCUCAGGUGAAUCACCCUACUUCUGUCACUAAUGAAACCUAUCAAGAACGUUUGUCAAGAUUAGAAGGUGACAAAGAAUCUCUCAUAUUACAGGUGAGUGUUCUCACAGACCAGGUGGAAGCCCAGGGAGAAAAAAUCCGAGACCUUGAAGUUUGUCUCGAAGGACACCAGUUGAAGCUUAAUGCUACAGAGGAAAUGCUUCAACAGGAGCUGCUGAGUCGAACGUUGCUGGAAACUCAGAAACUGGACUUAAUGACAGAAGUUUCAGAUCUGAAGAUUAAGCUGGUUGGGAUGGAAAAGGAACAGAGCGAAUAUGAAGAGAAGCAGAGCAAAGCUGAGAGUUUAUUACAGGAAUUGAAACACCUAAAAAUUAAAGUUGAAGAGCUGGAAAAUGAAAGGAAUCAGUAUGAAUGGAAACUGAAAGCAACUAAAGCUGAAAUAGCACAGCUGCAGGAACAGCUAGCUCUGAAAGACUCAGAAAUUGAACGAUUACAAAGUCAGAUCUCAAGGACAUCAGUAAAUAAUGAAAUUGCAGAAAGAGAGGAAGUGUAUAGGCGAAGGCUAAAAGAAAAACAUCAAGAGGUACAACGUUUGAAAAUGGGGAUGGAAUCACUGUUAGCUGCAAAUGAAGAAAAGGACCGACGAAUAGAAGAGUUAACCGUUUUGUUAAGCCAGUACCGACGAGUGAAAGAGAUAAUGAUAGCAGUCCAAGGUACAUCAGAAAGAGUUUUGACUGGUUGCAAUGAAGAUGAUCUUGAGGCUACUUUAAGAAAAUGGAACCCCAUGAAUAAGACCCCAAUAGAACUAUAUAAACCUGAGGUACCUCAAGGGGAAUUGACCCAACCAAUGUUGCCUCCUCCAUCUCAAAAAAUACUGGAAAUCAGAGAAAGCUCUCCAGUUCCUUCAAAUAGCCUAUUUUCUACAAAUGGGGAAAGCCUGGAACUCCGAAACAGGGUCUUUCAGAAAAAAAUAUCAAGUAGUCUAGAAGACUUGCAAAGUGACUCUCUGGAAAAGCAUGUAGAUGAGAAGCCUGUAGAACAUGAUAUAGAACAAGAGGAAAACAAAUCACAUGUGAAAAGCAGCAAGUACCAGACCUUGCCAGGAAAGCUUCUUCGUACUGCACACAAUGUUAACAACAUGCCUGCUUCCCCAGAUGCAUGUCAUGUGAAUGGCAAUGAGGACAACAGCAUACAGAGCCUAAGGGAUUCUGAGAAUAUGGAUGGUACAAUGACUUCAGAUGAUCUUUCACCCUUGUCAUCUGGAACAGAAUCAGGUGCACAGUCUCCAUUAUCUCCAGAAAGUAAAAGAAGCCCAAAAGGAAUAAAGAAAAUAUGGGGAAAAAUACGCAGGACUCAGUCUGGCAAUUUUCCAGGAGAUGAUCUGGGCUUGGUUGAGUUUCGGAGAGGUGGCCUCCGUGCAACAGCUGGACCUAGAUUGUCUCGAUCAAAGGAAACCAAGGGACAAAAGAAUGAUCAUAAUGCCCCCUUUGCCCAAUGGAGCAAUGAACGAGUUUGUAACUGGCUUGAGGACUUUGGUCUUGGUCAGUAUGUAAUUUUUGCACGGCAAUGGAUAACUUCCGGCCACACACUUUUAACAGCAACACCACAGGAUAUGGAAAAGGAACUUGGCAUAAAGCAUCCUCUACAUAGGAAGAAAUUGGUUUUGGCUGUUAAAGCUAUAAAUACAAAACAAGAUGAUAAGUCUGCACAGCUAGAUCAUCUUUGGGUGACACGGUGGCUUGAUGACAUAGGUCUACCUCAGUACAAAGACCAGUUUCAUGAAUCAAGAGUAGAUGGCAGAAUGCUCCAAUAUCUAACAGUGAAUGACCUUCUGUUCCUCAAGGUCACAAGCCAGCUGCAUCAUCUCAGUAUAAAGUGUGCCAUUCAUGUGCUGCAUGUAAAUAAUUUCAACCCCCACUGUCUACGGAGGAGGCCAGCAGAUGAGAAUAACAUUUCACCAUCUGAAGUAGUUCAGUGGUCCAAUCACAGAGUGAUGGAGUGGCUCAGAUCAGUAGAUCUGGCAGAAUACGCACCUAACCUUCGGGGAAGUGGAGUUCAUGGUGGCCUCAUUAUCCUUGAACCUCGUUUCAAUGGUGACACUCUGGCAAUGCUUCUCAACAUUCCACCUCAAAAGACGCUGCUAAGACGCCAUCUAACCACGAACUUCAACGUGCUAAUUGGACCAGAGGCACAGCAAGAAAAACAGGAAAUAAUGGAAUCUACCGCUUACUCGCCUCUGACCACCACUGCUAAAGUUCGGCCAAAGAAACUUGGAUUUUCACAUUUUGGAAACUUAAGAAAAAAGAAAUUCGAUGAAUCUACCGAUUACAUUUGUCCUAUGGAUGCAAGUCCGAAUACAACCAAUGGUACUCAGAAGAACUAUGGUUCAUACAAAGUACAUAAUGUGCUCCCUGACAAAGAAUUAGAUAAACUGGAUCAGAUGGAACAUUCUGAAGGGACAGUAAUGAAAAUAGGGGAACUUUCUCAAGGAAUAAACAACCUCACGACUAUGUUAAGCCAAGAUCAGAUGCUGAAUGAUGAUAGAUUUUUAACGCCAACUUCUGAUGAGUGGAGAUGAAGAUUCCAUGUGACCAAUACCCUUUAAUACCUUGAUCAAUUUUUAGAGAAAUAACUGGUGAAGGCUGGGUGCUAUAUUUACAAACUUGCCACUGAAACAAAGACUUAAAUACUUUUUUUCAAGUGACAUGUAAGGAUUAAAACAAACACCUCACAGUCUAGGUACUUCAACACCUACUUUCAAAGAAUCUAUGCAAUACUUAUAGAAAUGAGGUGGGUGGAAUUAGGAGAUGUGUAUAAAUCACAACAAGCCAUUUUAGUGGUCAGUGAUCCAUUUUCUAUAUUUUGUACUUCUGAAGACUUGGCUACAGUAGACUGCUUACUUUUCUAAGAUGCUUCUUCAUGAGUGAAGGUUUUUUUCCAAUGUAGCAUAAGGAUUAUGGUGUUAAAGAAGCUAUCUCCUAGAAUUAAUUAUUUACCACCAAUGGUAAAGCUGCAGUUAGUAACUAGAAACUCCCAACUGGAGAAGUAGUCAUUCCCAGCCUGUAAAGUGUGUCUACUGUCCUUGCAUUUUGUGCAACGGUUAUGAUCUACAAUAAGAAUGCCUCUAUUUAUGGAAGAAGAUUAAAUACAGUGGAAGACUCGGUGAGCUGGAAGACACACGUUUCAUAAGGACUUCAAGUGCUGCAGCCUUACUCAAGAGAAAGGUCAAUAGUUAAGCCAUGCACCUGACACCAUUCUUUAGAAUCACAUUAACAGUUAGAACAAUAGAAUCACAAUAGAAUAACAAUAGAAUCACAUUCUUUAGAAUCACAUUAACAGUUCCUUUAUACUGAAGCGAUAACGGGAUGCCAGCAUCAUGGUUUAGUUUCGUGUUACAACUCAGGUUUCCUAAGGCAGAAAUAUCCCACUCUAAAAGACAUUCCAGACAUGUUCUAUUAUUUUAAUAAAAAUGCCAUUCUGGUGUUCCUGUAUUGAAUUCAAAUUGUGAGAAUGGCAAAGUCCAGUCUGCCAACCCAUCUGUCAGAAUAAACGUAUCUUGGGAAGCUUGUACUAGAGAUAUACUCUAGCAGCUUUUGGACCCUUCUAACACAUCUAUGUUGUAAUACCAUUCAGGAUCUAGCACACUAUCUUUAAAAGCAUGUUAAAUGUUACUAUGUAUAAUUUUUAUGGAGACCAUAAGCAUGCAAUGUUCCAUCAUAGAUGUCCUGUGAGAGAGACAGUCCUGUGAGAAUGUUGCCAUUUAGCAAGAAAGCAAAAUAACCUAACAGAGCACUUCAAGCACAACAAUCAGUGGUAGUCCUCAAAGCUUCUGUGAGGAAUUGUGUUUUUUCUGCAUUGGUACAAAUAUUUUGAAUCUGAAUAGGUUAUAACAGCUAAGAUUUGCAUGGAAAAACAUGGCUCAAAUACAUGUAUAUUAAUCUCCUGGC